GCUGCUGGAUGCCCCCCAGUCUCCUGUUGUCCAUCCCAAAGCGCGGCCACAUGAACUUCCGACAGCGUUUCGCGUUUGUGUUUCUGAUACUGAGCUUCAUUGUGUGGCUCUAUCUCCUGAGCUACAUCUUUGACUGGCAUGCAGUCUACACGGAUCUCUCCAAGAGCCAGCUCGACGAGUACCAGCAAGCGAUCGACAGGCAAGCUCAGCUGUCGUGGUCGUUGUCCACUCGCGCUUGGCUCUCGUCGAUUCCAUUCUGGGGCUGGUGCCUCAUCAUCGGCAUCCCGUUCCUCCAGCUCAUGAUCUUCUUGUGGGUCCUCACACGGCCAAACCCAAUGAUGCCGUUCGCACGAGGAUGAGGAUUUUGCGACGACGUGUUCAUUGUUAACGUUUUCGGUGGUUCCAUUACAAAAUUUUCAGACUUA